CCGCCCCCACCCAUUAUACCGAGCCCCAUGUUCGCAUUACCGACGCUGAAUUUCACGGUCUCGCAAGUGGCCGCCGUGUGCGAGACGCUGGAAGAAAGUGGUGAUAUCGAGAGGCUUGCACGAUUCCUCUGGUCGCUUCCCGUGGCGCACCCGAACAUCUCGGAACUCAAUAAAAACGAAGCCGUGCUGCGGGCGAGGGCCAUAGUGUCCUUUCACAGCGGCAAUUUCAGAGAUAUGUACACCAUAUUAGAACACCAUAAGUUCACGAAAGAGUCACACGGAAAAUUACAGGCGAUGUGGUUAGAGGCGCAUUACCAAGAAGCCGAGAAACUGAGAGGACGUCCUUUAGGGCCAGUGGAUAAGUACAGAGUUCGCAAGAAGUUCCCACUGCCCAGGACGAUCUGGGACGGCGAGCAGAAGACACACUGUUUCAAGGAGAGAACCAGGAGUCUGCUUAGGGAAUGGUACCUGCAGGACCCGUACCCUAAUCCCACGAAGAAGCGGGAGUUAGCGCAGGCAACGGGACUCACACCGACUCAGGUCGGCAACUGGUUCAAGAAUCGCCGGCAGAGGGAUCGCGCGGCUGCCGCUAAAAACAGGAUGCAGCAGCAGCAGCAGUUGGCAGCGCAGUUAUCGCAUCACCACGGAUCACCGCGGAGAUCCGCCGAGCCUCCCCACAGCCCCGCAGCGGCCAGCACUACGUCAGAUUCGAGUAUCAGCCUCGGGGCACACUCGCCCCCCAUCUCCACAUCGCACACACAACCCCACACUUUGCCCCUAGCGCUUCACCGCCCUUUCUCACCCCCCAGGCUCACGUGAUAUCGGCCCCCACACCCGCCCCCCGGAUGUUGGUGACAGUAGAAGUUUGACCUCCAGUUCACCUUUCUGUCUGGUCACCUAGAGCGGGUGUUUUCAAGUGACACAAGACACUUACCUGUGUUUAUUGA